UCAGCUCCUCCAUUCGCUCACUGCGCUCUCAUCCUCGGCGUGGCUUGUGUCUCUGCCUACUCCCGUGCGUAAGAGCGCACAGAUGGAUAUGUUAACGGAUGCACUCAUGAAAACGCGCUAUCGGAGCUCGUGAAAACGUCAAGGACGCACAAAAGCGCAUCUCAGUACUAAGGAGUAACUUGAUGCGCUCAAGUUCAGUCCGCGGAGAUUUUAUUUUAAAUCAUUAUCAUCAUUCUGAGUGUCUGUUCUUUUCCCCUUUUCUUUCUUUUCGGAGGGAAGGUUGGUAAAAAUGUCAAUCUGCGCGGAUGACGGUGCAUCGCUCCUCGGCUUCACGUUUCUGGACUUCUCCGCCUGUCAUGAUUGCGCGCCUUUCCCCGUCUCUCCAAGUCUGCUCGUUUCUGCGUGAAGUUGAACGGACGAGAAAGCGCGAUGAGAGGGAAAUUCUUCCUGCUCGCCUUCUUGUUGCUCAAACUUAUGGCUCUCGUGUGUAAAGCCGACGGGGAGCCAGGACUGCUCGGGGGAUUCGUCAUGAUCGCCACGUCCAACGGCUCCCGGGAGGAGGAGAGCGUGUCGGAGGAGACGCCGCACACCGAGGACAAGUGCCGGGGCUACUACGACGUGAUGGGCCAGUGGGACCCGCCGUUCAUCUGCAAGACGGGAAAUUAUCUGUACUGCUGCGGCACCUGUGGCUUCCGCUUCUGCUGCUCCUUCAAACAAUCACGGCUGGACCAGAGCACCUGUAAGAACUACGACACCCCGAUGUGGAUGAAGACCGGACAGACCCCCUACAAGAAAAUGAACAAGCUGCACGACAGCACCAAAGACAAGACCAACCUUAUUGUUUACAUCAUUUGUGGAGUGGUGGCCAUCAUGGCUCUGGUUGGGAUUUUCACCAAGCUGGGAUUGGAGAAGGCGCACCGGCCCCAGAGAGAGAACAUGUCCAGGGCCGUCGCCAGCGUGCUGCAGGGCGGGUGUCCAGGUGAGCCGUUCCGGGGAGAGGAGGCCCUGGGGAUGCACUCACAGCACUUUGUUUCCAGGCCUGCGAACCUCCAAGGCGGACAGAUUAACAACAAUCUGUCCGCAGCGGGCUCCGGCGCUGGCCAGCAGCACCCGUACCCUGGCCUGAGCCAGCUGGCCCAGGCCUACGAGCAGCAGCAGCAGCAGCAGCAGCAGCAGCAGCAGCAGCAGCAGCAGAACAUGGAUCUGAACAAGUAUGCCUCCCUGAAGGCUGUAGCUGCCAAGUACAACGGUGAACUCUACAACAAGCGGCGGCUGAUGGUGCAGCUGCCCACAAAAGGCGGCCUUCCUCUCCAGCCAAUGGGCAACUCCCGGGCCUCCAUGGGCAACAUGGCGUCGAUGACUCUCCCCAUGGCCUCCAACACCAUGGCUUCAAACCCCAUGACCUCCAGCCACAUGAACCCCUCCAUGUCGCAGAUGGCUUCAAUGACUCCCAUGACGUCGAUGACAGCCAUGACCUCCAUGCCUCAGAUGACGUCGCUGACCCAGAUGACUUCCAUGACUCCCAUGACGUCUUUAGGUCCACUGACUCCAGAGCCUGUGGCCACCUAUGUGACGGAGAGGCCCGGCGUCUCGUCCGUCUCCACGCUGCCGACGGAGAGGCACAUAGCGAGCGUAGGAGGCGGCGGACUCAAGCCCAACGGUCAAAAACCCAAAGGCAGCCACAGCCACGCUGCCCACAGCUCCCACAGCUCCCACAGUCACGCUCACAGCCACAGUAGCAAGGCGCCAGGACUCGGGGCUUCUUCCCUGGCACAUAUGGUGGGGACCAUGCCAGGCGGCACUUCCCUGGGCAUCUCCAGGGCCGCCGAGACCGCCUUUGGCUCCAGCUCAGCCACCAUGGGCCGCCCCUUUGCCUACAGCUCCAACACAAUCGCAACUGGGCAGGCGAUGGGGUUUGGGAUAAAGGGCUGGGACGGGACUGAGACGGUGGGCAGGAGGAAGAGCUACGGGCACAAGAGGCCCCAGUGUACCGUGCUGGAGCCCAACCAGCUCCACAGCACCAGGGGCCAGAGUCACAGCCAGCACUUCCUCCCCACACAGCCCUACUUUGUGACCAACAGCAAGACAGAGGUGACUGUGUGAGAGCGACGAACGAGAGUGAUGAACGAGAGGAUGCGUGUGGACUGGUGCACAAGUAAUCUCUGAGGGGAGGCACCGACUCCUGGGGGGGUUCAGAGCUCCGGGAAACAACCGAGCUUCAUCGCCGUGGCGCGUCUGGCUGAACGUUGCCUUGAAAACAGAGCUAACCAAUCAGAUCACCCGACAGACCUCGAUGGUGGCAACGGACAAUAAGCGCCCGAGAGCCUCAAGGUGAUGUUUGUGCGUUUGUGCCGAUGUUGCAGUGUUGUCUCCUCCCUGUGCUGAUGAGUCUGUCUGCGUGUUAGAGAGAGGCUGAGAUCACACGUCCCCAAACCCGAGCAGCAAUAUCCCGACUGAAGAGUAAAGCUUUCAGAACCACGGUAACAAAACCAGCGCCAACGUCCACCAACCUUCCUGCAAGGGUUCCUCAGAGGAAUAAGUCCCCGUUCUCCACCGUAUGUCCUGAGGGCUUUGAGGCAGAGCAUGAUGAUGAUGAUGAUGAUGAUGAGGAUGAGGAUGAUUGUUAAGCUCUGCAGCAGAAGGUUUGGCCAGUUGGCUGUCGCGGCACCGACGCUGCAAGUCAUCAUCUGACAUUUUCCCCCAAAUGCAAAGAUGCAAACAAUUUAGACAUUUGAUUCGAUUCCAAAGAUUCAAACUGUGAAAAUAAUUCUCCUCGACUCCCAAAAAAAAAAAA